CAGUCUACCAACUGGUCUCUGUAAUAACUAUUUAAAUCAGUCUGUCCUGACUCAGCUCAACAGUCUCCAGUCUACCAACUGGUCUCUGUAAUAACUAUUUAAAUCAGUCUGUCCUGACUCAGCUCAACAGUCUCCAGUCUACCAACUGGUCUCUGUAACUUCAUCUUUGUCUCUGUGGUGUACAGUCUUCAGGUGAUGAUGGGGAUAUUGAAUCAUCUCUCUACUCUCCUCCUCCUCUCUCUCCUUCCUCCUGCUCUCUCUCAUGUAGUGGAUAAGUUCAGUGAUGUUCCACAGUGCCAGAAGUUCUUCCUGGAGGGGACAACUCCAAAUCUCCCAGGUAUUUUGGUUGGUGGGACAGUCAAGGACCAGAACCGCUACAAGCCGAUCUGCCAGUUGUACAACAACGCCUACAGGUUUGCAACUCUCUACGACACGACCAACAAGAUCCCUGUGUUGUCAGCCUACACCUUCACUGGUUAUAUACCAGGUAGACCAGCUGAACCCUGGAUGAUGGAGCCUGGGCUCGAAGAAAAUAACAAUAAAAUAAAUGAAAUGCAGAGUAUGGGAGGAGGCAUUUACAAAAACCAGGCUGGGAACAACGACUAUGCUCAAGACGUAAGAAGAAACCCAAAAGAUUUUAAAGAUGUGAGCAGAGGUCAUCUCUUCCCAAGUUCACAUGCGCGUGACUUGAAAACUCAGGAGUCCACCUUUACCCUGACCAACAUCGUUCCCCAGGACCGCACCUUCAACGGGGGCAGCUGGAGAGAAAUGGAGGAACGUGUCAGAGAAAAGCUUGAGAUGGACUGUAUCAGUAACAAAGGUAUUACAGCCUAUGUGGUGACUGGAGCAGUGCCCAGCAGCAGCAACAAACUGAACAACCGAGUGAACAUCCCAGAUCUCCUAUGGACAGCCUUCUGCUGUUUGGACAAGAAGAAAAAGUGGAUGGCUGAAGCACACUGGGGGUGGAACAAGAAGGACAAGGGGGAAACAUUGAAACCAGAAACCUUGGGAGCACUCGAAGACAUGUUGAACAGAUAUCACCAAGGUAAAGAUGGUCCUGUCAAGGUGUUCCCAGGAGAUUGUCCAAGAGAUACUAAACCUACCACUUCCUCCUAACCUAGUUGGAAGAAUUCCUUCCGUAGUGAGGAAUCUUUACAAUUCCAUGAGAAAUAGUUCUGGAAGGUUCUUUGGAUGAUCUGGGUACAGAUGCUCUCACCAUAUCAACAAACUAUCAUUACUGUUAGAGUAAUGAUUAUCAGGGUUAAAUUGGUUAUCAGGGUUAUAAUGGUAGUGAGGGUUAUAAUGGUAAUGAGGGUUAUAAUGGUAAUGAGGGUUAUAAUGAUAGUGAGGGUUAUAAUGGUUACAUGUCAACAUAUGUACACUUCAAUUAUAAUAUUUUUCUCUUCUAUACUCUUCCCUCUCUGUCCAUCUCUUCUAUGUCUAUAUAUCUAUA